ACGUCGACUCAAGCAGGAAGUGGCCGGUCUGAGUUUCAAUGGGAGGUCUUUUUAUUUUAUAGCAAGACUUUCACAGCCUGUUACAGGAGGUGAUAAAGUAUUUUGUUGCUGGUUCUCGACGGAGACAAAGCUGGAAGUAAAUAAUUUAAGAUUGAGCAGCAGCAUUCAAAAGGGAGAGGAUCAACCUACAUUUUUGUGUCUUGGAUAAAACAUAUUCAUCGUCCUGAAGAAUUAUGGAACUGUCACUGGCUCACCCGGCAAUCAAAGCCUUCAUGUGCGGCUCCCUGAGCGGGACCUGCUCCACGCUGCUGUUCCAGCCCCUCGACCUGGUCAAGACCCGUCUGCAGACGCUGCAGAGCGGCGUGCAGCCGGGGUCGGGCAGAGUGGGCAUGGUGUCCAUGCUCCUCAGCGUGGUGCGGACUGAGAAGCUGCUGGGCCUCUGGAAGGGGGUUUCACCGUCCUUCGCCCGGACCAUCCCAGGAGUCGGCAUCUACUUCAGCACCUACAACACUCUGAAGCAGCACUACUUCCCGGAGGGCAGCCCCGGAGCCGUGGAGGCCGUGCUGCUGGGAGGUGGAGCUCGGACGGUGGCGGGCGUCAUAAUGCUGCCGGUCACUGUCAUCAAGACGCGCUUUGAAUGCGGCAGGUACAGUUACGGGAGUGUAGCCGGAGCUCUGCGCAGUGUCUGCCGGACCGAAGGCCCUGCUGCUCUGUUCUCCGGUCUGAUGGCCACCCUGCUCAGAGACGUCCCCUUCUCCGGGAUCUACGUCAUGUUCUACACUCAGACCAAAGCCUCGUUGCCCAAAGAGAUCAGCUCUUCUCCUUCGGCCCCGGUGGCUAACUUCAGCUGUGGGCUCCUGGCCGGCGUUCUGGCCUCCCUGAUCACUCAACCUGCCGACGUGGUCAAAACACAUGUUCAAGUGAAUCCACAGCUGAGGACGGCCGAGGCCAUCAGAUACAUCUAUAUGGAACACGGAGUCCAGGGCUUCUUCAGAGGGGCAGUUCCUCGCUCCCUGCGGAGGACCAUGAUGGCCGCCAUGGCGUGGACCGUGUACGAGCAGAUGAUGGCGCACAUCGGACUCAAGUCCUGAAAGGGAGCGCGGCGAGAACCUUGUGAAAGAAAGAAAGAAGAAGAAGUAAAGUCGGAGUGACGAGUGUUAGAGGUUCACGGGAAGGAACCUGUAACGUGUAGAGGAGCUCAUAAGAGCGUCGAAGGAGAAUCGGGAAGCUUGAUGAGAUGAAUGUCUGCUGUAUAAAAACGGUUUUCCUUGGCUGGAGGUUCAGGAAACAGACUUUUAACCUUUGAAGACUUUUCUCACAAUUUGUGAAAGUUUUAGGGACGUGUAUGAAGACAUUUGUCCCAGAUUACAGCUUCUGUCGAGAUCUUUAACCCCGGCUAUAAUUUGAAGCUCUCUGUGCCUUUAAAAAGCAUUUUGUUUUUUAAUGUUUUUUUCCAUUUUUGCUUGUAAAAGAGGUCGUGAUGCUGCCACCUCCAUGCUUCACAGUGAGGAUGGCCCCCGACAAACGUAGCGUCUAGUCUUCCCAACAUGUUUUUGGGUGAACUCAAGUCGAGGUUACGUUUCUCUUUGAAUGGUGAAGAACCCGUCCAACAGCUGGUGAAGACUUUAACUCUUUCCUAGUUGUCCUAGGUGCCUUGGUGUCCUCCAUCACCACCUGAAUUUAACUGAACUCCAGGUUAUGUUCAGUGAACAUUUCUUUUCUCCAUCCUCUGACUUGGGAUUGGUGCUCAAAUGUCUUCAAGGUGUAUUUGUAGACAGAAACGCUUAUUAACCAGUGACUGGACCUUAAAGACAACAAGAUGUCUUUAAACUAGAGCCAUGAGAGACACUCAGAAUAUCUCCAUUUCAAUAACGGUCAGACAACUGCCCCCCGAGUGUCCCGUUGUUUGUCUUCUGAUUGACUACCAACCAGACGGCUCCUGAGAUUUCUCAACUCUAGUUUCUGCUCAUGUUUGUUCCUCGCUAUUUCUGCUCUAUUAUUACCGGUUUUCAGCAUUUUUGCAUGGGAAUGGACCCAGUUUUGCUAUAGUUUGUCUCACACAGAGUCAGUGACUUAUGAAGUCGGGGCUUGACGUUGAGCAGCAGCUCUGUGAUCCGUCGUGAGAAGACCAACAAUUAGCUGGACCCCUGUUUAAUAAUUAGGUCACGGACAUUAACGGGGUGAAUAUUUAUGUUAUUAACUGACAUUACUUUGUAGAAAUGUGUUUUCACUUUGGUGUUUGCGAGAUUAAAUUGACCAUCCGCCUUUUCAGCCGUGUAUGUAACAGAGUUUUAUUUAUUCUGAUUAUUAGUGCCUCACGUGUGAUGUAAAUAUUUUGGUAUUUAAUGUGUCUUAAACCCUUAUUAACACAUUUCACCUCUUUACAGAAGAAAAUAAAAAUGCAUCUGACAUA